AGAGCACUUCAGUGUGGAGUUGCUUGUUUUCUUUGGUCAAACACUGAAUUUGGCAGAGGAUUAUUUGAGAAUACGCAGUUUGUAGAGCCUGCUUUUACAUCUUCUGGGUUUGUUUCCUUGGACCUUCAAGUCUCAGGUGAUAAGACCAACCGAAGCAGAUCUAAAGACCUGAAGGCAGUCUUUCCUGUCCAAAGAUGGAAAACAGUAGUACCACUACCAUUUCUCGAGAGGAGCUGGAGGAGCUACAAGAAGCAUUUAAUAAAAUAGAUAUUGACAACAGUGGGUAUGUCAGUGACUAUGAACUUCAGGACUUGUUUAAGGAAGCUAGCCUUCCUCUGCCUGGCUACAAAGUGCGCGAGAUCGUGGAGAAAAUUCUAGCAGUUGCUGACAACAACAAAGAUGGCAAAAUCAGUUUUGAAGAAUUUGUGUCCCUCAUGCAAGAGUUAAAAAGCAAAGACAUCAGCAAGACCUUCCGAAAAAUAAUUAACAAGAGAGAAGGGAUUACUGCUAUUGGAGGAACUUCGUCCAUUUCCAGUGAGGGCACACAGCAUUCUUAUUCAGAGGAAGAAAAAGUGGCUUUUGUUAACUGGAUAAACAAAGCCCUGGAGAACGACCCUGACUGUAAACACCUCAUACCCAUGAACCCCAAUGAUGACAGUCUUUUCAAAUCACUUGCAGAUGGCAUCCUUCUUUGCAAAAUGAUCAACUUGUCUGAACCAGAUACAAUUGAUGAAAGAGCCAUUAAUAAGAGAAAGCUCACCCCUUUCACUAUUUCUGAAAAUUUAAACCUAGCCCUGAAUUCCGCCUCAGCCAUUGGUUGUACGGUGGUCAACAUCGGCGCCCAGGACCUCAAAGAAGGAAAGCCCCACUUAGUCCUGGGACUUCUCUGGCAGAUCAUCAAAGUUGGCCUUUUUGCUGAUAUUGAGAUUUCCAGGAAUGAAGCUUUGAUUGCAUUGCUGAAUGAAGGCGAGGAGCUAGAGGAGCUGAUGAAGCUCUCUCCCGAGGAAUUACUGCUGCGGUGGGUGAACUACCAUUUGACCAAUGCAGGAUGGCACACCAUCAGCAACUUCAGCCACGACAUUAAGGAUUCAAGAGCCUAUUUUCAUCUGCUUAAUCAGAUUGCACCUAAAGGUGACCGGGAUGAUGGACCUGCUAUUGCCAUUGAUCUUUCAGGAUUUAAUGAGAAAAAUGACCUGAAGCGUGCCGGAUUCAUGCUUCAAGAAGCAGAUAAACUGGGCUGCAGACAGUUUGUCACUCCUGCAGAUGUGGUUUCAGGCAAUCCCAAACUUAAUCUAGCUUUUGUAGCUAAUCUCUUUAACACAUACCCAUGCCUACACAAGCCUGAUAAUAAUGACAUUGAUAUGGAUUUAUUGGAAGGGGAGAGCAAAGAAGAGAGGACAUUUCGAAACUGGAUGAAUUCCUUGGGGGUCAACCCAUACAUUAAUCAUUUGUACAGUGAUCUCGCAGAUGCUUUAGUGAUCUUCCAGCUCUAUGAAAUGAUCCGCGUGCCAGUCAACUGGAGCCAUGUUAACAAACCUCCUUAUCCUGCCCUUGGAGGGAACAUGAAGAAGAUUGAAAACUGUAACUAUGCAGUGGACCUGGGGAAGAAUAAAGCCAACUUCUCCCUGGUUGGCAUUGCUGGGCAGGACCUGAACGAGGGGAAUGCAACACUUACUCUGGCGCUGGUGUGGCAGCUGAUGAGAAGAUACACAUUGAAUGUGUUAUCAGAUCUUGGAGAAGGUGAAAAAGUAAAUGAUGAAAUUAUAAUUAAAUGGGUCAACCAGACUCUAAAAAAUGCAAAUAAAAAUACUUCUAUUUCCAGCUUCAAGGACAGAUCUAUUAGCACUAGUUUACCUGUCCUAGAUUUAAUAGAUGCCAUUGCACCAAAUGCAGUUCGUCAAGAAAUGAUAAGGCGAGAAGACCUUUCUGAUGAAGACAAGCUAAACAAUGCUAAAUAUGCCAUUUCAGUGGCUCGAAAGAUCGGUGCCCGGAUAUACGCCUUACCUGAUGACCUCGUAGAAGUGAAACCAAAGAUGGUUAUGACGGUGUUUGCAUGUUUAAUGGGAAAAGGACUGAACAGAAUAAAAUAAACAUUAAGUAUGAUUUUCUGCCACAUUAAACAUAUUGAAUGCCUCACAGUUUACAGAAUUCUGAAAUGUAGUGGGUAUAAAACCAGAGAUUAUUUGUAUGCUCAAAACAGUUGUAAAAUUCACUAAUGAGUUCAAUAUCCUGUUCAUACUAGAGUUUGUUGACCUUUUUGGAUAACACAACUACUUUACUAGUAGAUACUGUUAAUAGAAUAUGUUCAUUAUCAAACUGAUAUUUCAUGAUAAAAUUAAUUUCAUUUCCUGAAAUUCUCAUUAUAACAAGACUAAUUCCUUCUUUCUCAUGGUUUAAAAUAGACCAAUACAAAAAAUUUUUUGCAAGUCCUACUGUGAAAUGUGUUUUGAUUUGUGUGUGUAUCUGUUAAUUUUGAUCAUAAAAGUAUUCAAAGUCAUAAUUCAGCUUAAUCCCUCUGUUUUUUCCCCUCUAUGUGCAGUGGUCUAAAACUUCAACUUUUCUGUAAAUUUCUGUAUUGUUUAAAACUUUUAAGUGACAAGUAUUGUUCUAUUAACAUUAAAUAUUUUACACAUGUUACUCCUGAAUAAACCCCAAAGUUCAUUCUCUUAUGUAAAAAGCCAGAGCUUAAGUAAAAUUACUUAAAACGUAA